UGCUUUGCACACAGUGUCCAUUACAUGGCCUAUGCAUCAUAUUUCGGCUCAGUGAAGGUAUAUAAGCCUGCAAGAGUGGCUGAGGGAAGUCACUGCAGUGAGCAGAUUCAUCCAAAGCGAAUCCCCCUCUUAGUCCUUACGGAUAACCCUAAGCUAAAAAAAUAAAAAUGGCAUUAGCAGCAUCCCUCAACGCGGCUGACAUCACUGCAGCCCUUGCAGCUUGUCAAGGAGCCGACACUUUCAAACACAAGGACUUCUUCGGCAAGGUCGGUCUGUCCGCCAAGAGCGCCGAUGACAUCAAGAAUGCCUUCAAAGUCAUUGACCAGGACAAGAGUGGCUUCAUUGAGGAGGAUGAGCUGAAGCUGUUCCUGCAGAACUUCUCUGCCUCUGCCAGAGCUCUCACCGAGGCUGAGACCAAGGCCUUCCUCAAGGCCGGUGACAGCGAUGGCGACGGCAUGAUCGGAAUGGAUGAGUUUGCCGCCAUGGUCAAGGGUUAAAUGAAGAAACUGACCAACAUCUUACUUCACUACUCUAAAGGAACAACUUGAGCCAAGACAUCCAUUUCCUCUCUUCUUCUCCUCUUCCCUCUCACUCUCUCUCUUCAGCUCUACACACCAGUUUUAUACACUUGACCUUUCCCCCCCCCCUCCCGGACCGUAAACAAACUGCUCCCCCCAAUCCCCUACCCUUCCCCCUCUCACUCUCUCUCUAUCUGGCCAUGCUCACCCUUAUGCUGUCCACGAUGAAUGUACCUGACUGAAGUGUAUAGCGCGGUUGACUUGUGUCUUUCUCUCUCUCUCUCACUUCUGUCCCAGUUUUACUAUGUGAGUUUUUGCUUACUGUGAGAUCAGCGAUGAUGCUCUUUUAAUGGGAAACGGACAGACGAUGAGACAACAAUAAAGGUUCUUUUUCAAUAACA